CCGAAAAUAGACUGCACAAUGAUGUUGCGCAAUAACUGUGACUUUAGCUAGGCAUAUGCGUCCCCUUCAUUGUUAAUUGAUUUGUACUAUCGGCUGGAUAUAGACACUGUUUAAGGAAUGGGCUGCUGCUGGAGUGAUCCCCUCAGCGUAGAGGCUGUCCUCCUACGGCGUCAGGGACCCGCUGCCGUCAAAGACAACUGUUAUCCUGACAAGCUAGGACCUGGUGGUGUGAAGAUUCUUACUUCGAGCUCCGCAACAGAUGGCAGCAACCGCUCAGGCGGGCGUUCUUACAGUAGACUGGUUGUUGGCUCGGACUGGAUUCUGGCAGCACUCUUUGAAGCUCAUGGCCCUGGUGGCACGGACAGCAGUAACCCCACUACCACCGGCGCCUACUGCGAUGCCGCAGCGCAAUUCUGCGCGCAACACUGCUAUACUGAGUUUUUGCAGGCACAGAAGCAGUUCGCCCCAACGGGUGGCGACCUGCAGCGUGUCCUAACAGAGACGUUGCGUUCACUGGACCAGCGCUUCUUGGCAGAGGAUGCCAUUCCGCAACAGGACCGGCUAGCCUCCGGCUGCACCGCUGUGCUGCUGCAUCUAGCACUUGGGCCGAACCAGCCUGCUUCACAGUUUCAGCGCCGCAGUGGCGACCGCUCCAUCAUCGCCACUGCAGCGUCCCUGGGGCCCUGCGCAGCAGUCGUCGGGCAGCGCCAGGGCGGGUUUGCCAGCACGACGAGCGCCCCGUUGGUCUUAUGUGGUGGAACUGCGGCCAGUCACGACGCCCUCCAUGCGUUCCUGGCAUCGUUUGCGGACGAAUGGCAGCAGCAAUGGCCGCAAUACUCGAGAGUGGCAGACACCAAGGGGUCGACAAGCGCAAAAGCUGGCAGCAAGGCCAAGACCAAGUCCGGCAAGAACAAGUCAAACGCCGAGGGCGGUACAACCGCUGCGGGCGCACCAGCACCGCUUCCGGCGCAGCAGGUGCCAACCUUUGCCUUUGCGCCACAGUACUGCAAGGACGUAGCGGCUCCACAGGCGCUGGGAUUCGGUGCUGCCAAGGGCCUAGGCUUACAUGGCGGUAGCUUCGGAAGGGCCGGGACUGGUACGGCUGUGCCGUGCAGGUACCUGGAGCCUCGACUGGGUUUCAGUGUCCAGACGGCCCAGAUGGCCCUUGGUCCUGCGGACGAGAGCGUGGUGCUGCUCAGCGGCGGCGCAGCAGCCACCAUCAGCCCUGGCGAUGCGGCCCUGCUGAUGCACCGCAUGGGCAAGCUUUCGAGCAUCCCUUUCAAGGCCAAACCCACAGCGCUGGCGGAAGGGUCACCGGGAAGCGGUGCCGUACAACUCGACAGCCUUGGAGUCGCUGGUCCGGCACCGGGUGCGCCACCAGCCGCCGACACCGGCGGCAGUACAGAGCCCUAUGGGAUGCCACCCUUUAACGCUGCA